UUAGGCCUACAAAAGGAGGAUGAAGUAAGAACAAUCAGACCAUAAGUUCCAAAAACAAAUUAUACAACAAAACAUAACAAAAUGUCGUCUAUUCGUUAUAGCUUCGUCGUACUGACUUUAUUCUCUGUUCUUUUAACUCGAGCCUAUGGUUUACCUAAGGUAAGACCAAUCGAUGAUGUCCAACCGAAUAAAACGGUAAAGAUCCACAACAAGAUCCGAGCCGAGGUCGGGGUGGCUCCAUUGGUGUGGAACAAAACUGUAGCGGCCUACGCACAGAACUUCGCAAACAGACAAGCCAAAGCUGGAGUCUGCGACUACAGCUCCAUGAGACAUUCAGGUGGACCUUACGGGGAAAAUAUAGCCGCGGGAUGGGUCCAGCCUGAGGACCAAAUGAGCGGUCCGAUCGCGGCAAAGUAUUGGUAUACGGAGAAGCCAAACUACGAUUAUGCCACCAACAAGUGCAAAGGUGAAUGCGGACACUACACUCAGAUGGUGGCCAAUCAAUCGUUCAGUAUCGGUUGUGGCUCGUUCAGGUGUCAUGAUAAUGAGUUAAUAUAUAUUGUAUGUGACUAUUAUCCUAUGCCAGUGGGUGAUGCGAAUACGCGUCCCUAUUGAUUAUGUUGGUUUGAAUGAUUCAAAAAGACUUCAUAUGGUGUAACAUAUGAUUUGAUCAAAAGUAAUAUAUUAAAUUACUGAUCAAUUAUACCCAUAUGUUACUCUUCUUUAUAUAUAAUGAUAAUCUAUAAUUUGUAUA